CGCAGUUCUCGGAAUUAGCCACGUCACAUCAAUUUUUGGUGCAGUAGACGUGUAAUUUGGAUCAUAAAAGAUUUUUAAAAUGAAUAUAUUUAGACUUUUGGGUGAUUUAUCACAUCUUUUAGCGAUAAUAAUACUUUUGCUCAAAAUAUGGAAAACGAGGUCUUGUGCGGGUAUUUCAGGAAAAAGCCAGCUCCUCUUCACUUUAGUAUACACCACUAGAUAUUUGGACCUCAUUACAACUUACGUAUCACUUUAUAAUUCUGUUAUGAAAGUGGUUUUCCUAGUAACUUCAGUUGCUACAGUCUACCUUAUUUACAUCAAAUUCAAAGCGACUUAUGAUCACAAUCAUGAUACAUUCAGAGUGGAAUUCCUCAUAAUUCCAUCAUUUAUCCUUGCCUUGGUCAUCAAUGAUAACUAUGCACCAUUCGAGGUGUUAUGGACAUUCAGCAUUUAUCUUGAAUCGGUAGCUAUUUUACCACAACUGUUUAUGGUAUCAAAGACGGGAGAAGCAGAAAGCAUUACUUCUCAUUAUCUGUUUGCGCUUGGAUCGUACAGAGGCUUAUACAUAUUGAACUGGAUUUACCGUUAUGUCACCGAAAAUUACCAUGAUCUCAUUGCUAUCGUUGCUGGUUUUGUACAAACGGUCCUUUACUGUGACUUCUUCUAUCUUUACAUAACAAAAGUGCUCAAAGGUAAAAAGCUCCAGUUACCUGCUUAACAAUUGGGUGCAUCCAGAAGAUGCCAGAGAGGGAGAGCCGACUUAAGUCAGUAAGGAUACCAAAUCUCUUUUUAAAUUGUCAUUAUAAGCUAUCAGUACUAACAGAGAAGAUUUUUUUAUUAUUUUUGCAAUAUAUAAAGUUCCAAUUCGUUAGUUUUUAGAUUAUUGUACAUUAAAUUUAUAAGCUCGAAAUGUAGAAGGGACUGACUUUACGUGAUCAUUACAAAUUGGUCUAUAGGAAGUUGCGUAUGCUGACCUGAAUCGGUGUUUUAGUAUUAUUUUCAAUAAUUUUGCUGCAACAAAAUUGUUUAGAUUUGAGCAUUUGUUAUAUUCUCAUCUCGGAAAUAAAAUUACAUCUCAUUCAUUAUACAGGACAAUGAUCUACUGGAGGAACAUUACCCCCAGGUUUCUGAGAAGUUGCGGUUGGUGAUAAAUGUUGACUUCAUUGUCAAAUCUUUUGCCAACUAAUUAGUUAACAUUAUUGGUAACUAAUAAUUAGUUAACAAUGAUGUUGACUAAUUGUUUGUCAAUUAGUUAGUUAAUUAGUAAUCAUCAUUGUUAACUAAUUAUUUGUCAACAGAUUAGUUAACUAUUGAGUUUUCAGGAACCAGGGGUAUGUUUUGUUUUUCUAUUUAGUUUUUGAGAAAUUUUAUCACUGAUUAUUUCAAUCUUUUGUCUGUUUUUCUGUUAUUUGCAAUGAAAGUGGCUUCUAUAGUUGAAAGUAUUCAUAUAAAUGUACCUUUCCUAAUGUUUUUAUAGCCAUAGAGAGAAGUGUAUAUACUUUUAGCUGCCUAAUAGAAUUAUGAUUCCAAACAUAAAUAUUUGAAUUGAUAAUGUUUUGAAAAGUAAUGGAACUUGUUUAUACUUACUGUAUUAGAUUUGAUGAGUUUUUGUUACACAAACCUUUCGUAGAAAUAAAUUCAAUGUUUCUAGUAAA